UAACCUCAAAAAGCUGAUCAGCUGCGGCGUCUGGUGAAGAUUUUUGCUGGAUAAUUACCAGAGUUCUCCAGGUUCCGAGGGAAGAUGGCUGACAGCGAGAGUGACCACCUGACCCUGGCGACGGGCGGAUACGAUCACACCAUCAAACUAUGGCAAGCACACACGGGAAUAUGCAUAAGGACAAUGCAGCACUUGGACUCGCAAGUGAAUGCCUUGGAGAUCACUCCUGGACGCACAAUGCUGGCCGCCUGUGGAUAUCAGCACAUCCGCCUGUACGACAUGAUUUCCAACAAUCCCAUCGUCAACUUCGACGGAGUGUCCAAGAACAUCUCCAGCGUGGGCUUCGAGGAGACCGGCAAGUGGAUGUUCACGGGCGGCGAGGACCACCACGUGCGCAUCUGGGACAUGACGUCCAACAAUCCCGCCUGCAAGAGGAUGUUCGACUGUAUGUCCCCGAUAAAUUCCGUCUGUCUGCAUCCGAAUCAGGUGGAGAUGGCUAUAGGUGCGCAGAAUGGGGGCGUUUACCUCUGGGACGUGAAGUCGGACGCCCAUGAGCAGCUCAUUCCGGAGGUGGACGCCUCCAUUCAAUCCAUUGCGAUCAGCCCCAACGGCGCCCUCAUGGCGGCCGUGAACAACAAGGGCAAGUGCUACAUCUGGAGUCUCAACACCACUUCCAGCAGCAAACUGAGCGUCCUGCAGCCAAAGCACAAGAUCGAUGCACACAAAAAGUACGCGCUCAAGUGCAAAUUCAGCCCGGAUUCCAGCCUCUUACUGACCACAUCCGCGGACUCCACGGCGAAAUUGUGGAGCACCAGCGACUUCUCGCAGUAUCGCGAGCUGCGGAUUGACAAGAAGCGCUGGAUCUGGGACGCCGCCUUCAGCGCUGACUCGCAGUACCUCUUCACAGCCUCGUCGGACGGAAUCGCGAGGCUGUGGAACAUCAGCACGCGAGAAAUCGACCGGGAGUACAUCGGACACCAGCGAGCCAUCACGGCGCUGGCCUUCCGCGACGAGGUGGUGCCCUGA